GAUUUUAUGGACACUUUUAAUACACAGAGAGAGUGCUCCUUACCUCUACCCUCCAUACCAAAAAAUAACCAAAAAAAAAAACCAUCAACGCUUAGGAGAACAAGACCUGAAAAAUAUCGUCUGAAAAAUAACCAAAAGUUGUUGACCACGUAUGUAAACUAGAUGAUUUUGCCGGACAUAAUUACAUAUUACUGCUUGGUAAAUUAUUUAAAAGAAAGGAUAAUUUUUAACACUGACUGUCCAGGCUGUCGCAAUCGUAAUCACUACGAAAGAGAGCGAUAAUAAAAUGGAUAAUAAAACAUCCGUUGAUGGUACUAGUAAAGCAUCAUUGCAAGUCGCAAUAAAUAAAGGCGACAUUGAACGAGUUAAAAAUCUAGUAAGUAAUGGAAUCUGUGUAAACACGACUUUUAAAAAUGGAACUACACCAUUAGCGCUAGCGAUAAUAAACAAUAGAAUUGAGAUUGCUAAAUAUUUGAUGAAUGAAGGUGCUGAUGUAAAUGUUGCUUGUAACCAUAAAACGCCUCUGAUGUUAGCUAUUGAAUAUAAAAAAAAUAAAAUAAAUGAAAAAAAUAAAAAAAAAAAAGAUUCAGUAAGACCUUUGAUAAUUUUUAUGAAAAGAGUUGUAAAUAUUUCUUGUGAAAAUAAACCGAAAUUAUGUCUGGAUAUUAAUGAGAGUGAUAAUGAAAUAAUUCGAUAUCUGAUAGAUAAAGGUGUUGAUGUAGAUUUUUCUUGUGGAGAUGAAUCGGAAUUAUAUCUGACUGUUGAUAAGAAUGAGGAUGAAAUUGUUAAAUAUCUGAUAGAUAAAGGUGCUAAUGGAAUAAUUUUACGUGACAAUAAAUCGCGAUUAUAUCUGAUUAUUGAUCUGAGUGAGGAUGAAAUAGUUCGAUAUCUGAUAGAUAAAGGUGCCGAUGUAAAUGCUGUUCUUCAAAAUAAAACUCCUUUACUUCUGGCGAUUGAGCAAAGAAGAAAUGGAAUUGUUAAGUAUUUAAUAGCUAAAGGUGCUAAAGUAAAUGGCAUUUGUAAUGAUAACUCGCCAUUAGAUUGUGCCAUUAGAAACAUUGAAUGUUCGAAAAUAAGUGAAUAUAUAAAAUAUAAUGGUACUUCUGAAAAAGGUUUUCAUAAUUAUCAGUCGCCAUUAUACUUAUCUAUUCAAGACCGGGCAUCGGCAUUAGCCAAAUAUUUAAUAUAUGCUGGUGCCAAUGUAAAUGGUGUUUAUGUUAAUGGUGCUAAUGGUAAUCAUGAUCUCUCGCCAUUAGAUUUAGCUAUCCAAUGCCGCGCACCUGAAGUAGUUAAAUAUUUAAUCGAUCAUGGUGCUAAUAUAAGUGGUAUUGAUCACGAUAACGGGCCAUUAUAUGAGGCUAUUCAUCGCCAUGACUUCGAAUCUGUUGUAUAUUUACUAGAUAAUGGUGCUGCUUUAAGUGGUGGUUUUAAUGAUCAUGGGCCAUUACAUUAUGCUAUUUAUAGCCAUAAUACGACGGCAGCUAAAUUACUUAUCGAUAUAGGUGCUGAUGUAAAUGGUGUUUGCUGUCAUAACUCGCCAACAAAAUUUGUUUUUUUUAAUGCAAAACGAACUGGCCUAGCCAAAUAUUUAAUAAGCAAAGGUAUUGUUGUAAAUGUCAUUGAUAAUGAAUACUGGCCCUUAUUUAAGUUUAUUAAAUGCCAUGUAGAUGAGUGGGCUAACUGUUUACAAUAUAACGGUGCUUAUAUGAAAGGUAUUUGUUAUAAUGAAUCGCUAAUAAAUUUUGCUAUUGUUCAGAAACAAACUUACAUAGUCAAAUAUUUAAUAGAAAAGGGUGCUUCUGUAAAUGGUGUUUAUGAAGAUAAUUUGCCAUUAUAUUUUGCUAUUGGUUACAAUCACAUUGAAAUAGCCAAAUAUUUAAUAGAUAAUGGUGCUAAUGUAAAUGGUAUUACCGAUGAUACCUCGCCAUUAUAUAUAGCUAUUCAUUGCCAUGCAAUAGAAUUAGCAAAAUAUUUAAUAGAUAAUGGUGCUGAUGUAAAUGGUAUUUGUAAUGAUAAUUCGCUAUUAUAUUUUGCUAUUCUUCAGGAUCAAACUGAAAUAGCGAAAUAUUUGAUAGAUAAUGGUGCUGCUGUAAAUGAUAAUAGUAAUGAUACCUCGCCAUUACAUGUAGCUAUAGUCACUGAUAGGCUUCAUAUCGCAAAAUAUUUAAUUGAUAAUGGAGCUGAUAUCAAUAAAAUUAUCAACAAAAAACGGCUUUUAGAAGUAGCGCUUCAUUAUAGGCACAGAGAUAUUGUUGAACUUUUAUUAAAAUCUGGUUGUGAUGUUAAUACGAAAGAUGAAAGUGAUAAUGUAGCUGCUACAGUAAAAUAAGAUAGCGGUUACUGUUAUGAGCUAUUGCGUAUGCCGCUUUAUAAAUUAGCUCCAAAACUAAAAUUUUUUUAUGAAAAUUAUCUUGAUGUACGAUUCCUAUCUUUCUUCUUAAGGAUUUUAAUUCAGGAUUCUUCUUAUAAAAUAAUUAUUCAGCACCGUAUUGCGAGAGCAUUAGAAAAAUCUAGGCUAAUAAUUAAAGUUAAGGACUUCGUCGUAAGAGAAAUGUUCCAAAAUUUAACAAAUAGGAAAUUGAUAUUCCUAUGUAAUCUCUUGUAAAAAAUUCUUAUUUAUCUCUUGUAUUUUUAUUUUGAUACUGAAAUUAAAAUUACUAUUGGAUCUAAUAUAAAAUUAUCUUCACAUUACAAAUAAAAUAUUAAUAUCAUAUUGAAAUAAUGAAUCAUA